AUGGGCGGAAAAGUUGAUAAAAGAGUAAACAAUGGUCGUGGUCCUUAUGUGUAUUGUAUUAAUGGCCAAAACAUGCAUAUGAUAGGCAGUGUUUUACCUGUUGAAGGAGCACCCCCUAAAUUUUCUCAGUUAUAUAUACAUGACACUUCCAACGAGACAACAAAUAGGAUAGCUGCUGUAAGUGGCCAAGACACAAAAAAAUCUUUGCGGCCUUCUAUUGUCCAACAAUUGCAAAAAAUAUUGGACAAUCACAAUGAAUUAGUUAAAACUUAUAGACUUGCUGGAGAUUUUAUGGGGAAUCAUCAAGGUCAGGAAGUUAAGAUUCGACUCAUUCAUAAGGGUGGUAAAAAUGCUCAUACAUAUAAUUUGCCAACAUCACCUAACGAAAUAGCAGCCUUGGUUGUGGGAGACAUUGGAUCAACUGAACUUGGAAGAGAUAUUAUUAUUCAAUAUAGAAGUGGUUUGCUUGAGCGAAUUUCUGAGACACACCAAUCAUAUUUGCCAAUGCAAUACCCUCUAUUAUUUCCAUAUGGAGAUGGAGGCUAUACUGAAGGUAUUCCACAUAAGAAGACGCAACGAAAGAUGAAAGGUGAGAGUGGAACUGUGUCACUUCGGGAAUAUUUUGCUUACAAUAUCCAAGAUCGAGCAUUGGAUGGAUCACUACUUUUAUAUGGCCAUAAAUUAUAUCAACAAUAUUUGGUUGAUGCAUAUACCAUGAUUGAGUCAUAUAGAUUAAGAUAUAUCAGGAUGAACCAAAAAAAACUACGAGCAGAGGUUUAUAAUGGUUUAGCAGAUGCAGUUUUUAGAGGUGAUACUCAGGCUUCAUUUGUAGGGAAACGAGUAAUCCUUCCAUCUUCUUUCACUGGUGGUGCCCGUUAUACAAUGCAAAACUACCAAGAUGCAAUGGCUAUUUGUAGAUGGGCUGGGUUUCCAGAUUUGUUCAUAACUUUUACAGCUAAUCCAAAAUGGCCUGAAAUGACUAGAUUUUUGGAAGCUCGUCAACUUCGUAUAGAAGAUCGUCCUGACAUUGUCACACAUAUAUUUAAAAUGAAGCUAGACUUGCUUAUCAAAGAUAUUAGAAAAGAGGGAAUUUUUGGAAGUGUCAAAGCAGUUCUAUAUACAAUUGAAUUUCAAAAGCGAGGUCUUCCCCAUGCUCAUAUUUUGGUUUUCCUUGCAAAUAAAGAUAAGUUAUCUACUGCUAAAGAUAUUGACAACAUCAUUUCAGCAGAAAUCCCUAAUAAAGAAGCACAACCUGAGUUACAUGAUGUAGUGGUGAAUUAUAUGUUACAUGGGCCAUGUGGAAUAGCUAAUCCUCAUUCUCCAUGUAUGGACAAAGGGAUAUGUACUAAGCAAUCCCCAAAAAACUUUAACUCUACAACAGUGAUCCAUGAAGAUGGAUAUCCAAGGUAUAAAAGGGAAGAUAAUGGUGUACAUGUCAUGAAGAAUGGGAUCCCAUUGGAUAACAGAUAUGUUAUCCCCUAUAACGCAACUCUUUUACUAAAAUAUGGAGCUCACAUUAAUGUUGAAAGAUGUAAUCAAGGAGACUCCAUUAAGUAUCUUUUUAAAUAUGUUAAUAAAGGUUAUGAUCGAGUUACUGCUGCAUUCUAUACUCAAGCAGAUGAUGUAAGUGAGGGUUUGGUUCGUGAUGAGAUCAAAAUGUUUUUUGAUUGUCGAUAUGUUUCGUCAUGUGAAUCAGUUUGGAGGAUCUUAGGGUUCGAUAUUAAUUAUAGAAAUCCCUCUGUUGAAAGACUAUCAUUUCACUUGCCUAAUCAUCAAAUGGUGGUAUUUGAGGAGAAUGAAGAUCUUCAACAUGUUAUGUCUAGAAAUAAUGGGAAACCGACUAUGUUUGAAGCUUGGUUCAUUGCUAAUGCUAAAUAUGAAAAUGCCAAAGGUUUAACUUACUAG